AACAAGAAAUAAACAGAACAAAACAAAAUGAACGCUACUACAGCAGCAGCAGAAGGUUGAAGAAGAAGAAGAAAAAAUGGUUAGGUUUCCGUCAUCGUCGUCAUCAUCGUCGUCGUCACCGUUGACGGCGAUCGACGAGUCGUCAACUCUAAUACAAGGCUUACCGAACGACGUCGCAGCAAAGAUACUAUCAAUGGUACCAUACUCACACCAAUCAAGAAUCAAACAAAUUUCAAAAUCAUGGUACGCAUUUCUCUCAUCCAAAACCCUAAUUUCAACGAAUCUCAAUCACCUCCUGGUUAUAUUCCCAGAAGACCCUUCAAUUUCGUCACCUUACCUAUUCGACCCCGAUAAUCUCGCCUGGAAGCCACUACCUCCGAUGCCCUGUAACCCCCACGUGUACGGUCUCUGUAAUUUCACAUCCAUUUCUCUUGGUCCCACACUCUACGUGCUCGGUGGGUCCCUCUUUGACACGCGAUCCUACCCUAUGGACCGCCCCACGCCGUCGUCGGCUGUGUUCCGGUACGAUUUCGUGAGUUCUAAGUGGGACCAGCUAUCCCCAAUGCUGUCGCCGCGGGGUUCGUUUGCGUGUGCUGCAAACGCUAAUACUCGGGAGAUAAUUGUUGCGGGAGGUGGGUCCAGGCAUACUAUGUAUGGUGCAGCCGGGAGUAGGAUGAGCUCUGUGGAGAAGUAUGAUGUGGCGAGAGAUGAAUGGGUUGCGAUGACUCGGUUGCCGCGGUACAGGGCGGGUUGUGUCGGGUUUCUGGUGGGGAAUGGGGAGGGUGGGGAGGGUGAGGAGGAGGAGUUUUGGGUGAUGGGCGGGUACGGCGAGUCGAGGACCAUUGCUGGGGUGUGUCCUGUUGAUGAGUAUUAUAAAGAUGCUGUUGUUAUGAAUGUUAAGAAGAAUGGGGGAAUUGGGAGUAAGUGGAGGGAAGUUGGGGAUAUGUGGAGAGAUGGGGAGAGACAUAGGCUUGGUAAGAUUGUUGUAGUUCAGGAUUUUGAUUUCCGUAGGCGAAGGCCUGGUGUUUUUAUGCUUGAUCAUAAUGAGAUAUUCAGAUAUGACAUGGCUUUUAACUCUUGGAAAAAAGAGUCAAGUGUGCCGAGAAAAGCUUCUUGCAAUUCCUCAUGUGGUUUUAUCGCGUUGGACAGAGAGCUUCAUGUAAUGACUCUUCUGAGAGGAUGUGAAUCGACUGAUACUCGAAGGUCAAGACAACAAAAGAGGGCAAGAACACUUUUUAUUCAAAUCUACCAUACUAGGAAGAAAACGUGGAGAUCACUCAUUACAAAGGCGCCCUUCCUCUGUUCUUUGGAUUUCAGUACGGCAGUCAUGUGUACCAUUCGACUAUAGGCAUCUCUAUAUAAAAAAGGCACCAUUAGCUUAGUAGUCAUUUAAAUUCGUGUUCUGUAUUAUGUAUUUUAUCAUAUUCUUUGCUUUAAUAGCAGAUACUCAUAGUGUAGGUCAGUGUACAGAUUAGUAAGUGUAUAGUGCUAUCAAUUGAUGUACACAUCGGUUUGUUUUAAAUAUCAUGCAAUUGCAAUAGGUUGUACCUUGUCACCUAAAUACAUUUGUGACUAUAUUAGUAUAUGCAGUAAAGCCAUAGAUUGUGCAGCA